CCAUAUAACUAGAGAACCUCGAAGUAUGGUGACGUGUGUUGAGAAGUGUCUUGUAUUUUAGAUUUGUAAACUAAUAUUAACAUAAUAAACGCACCUAAAAUAGAAAAUUAACAGUUUAUCUUAAAAUAUCAUACUAUUCGCCAAACUAUAUAAAAUAAAACAUGAAUUAUAGUCAAGGUGCACGUCGUGGUAAGCCAAAGAGGUUAUUAGAUCCAUCGGCUGGUCUGUCAACACGUCCUGUGCCAAUGGUAGAAAAUUCAUAUAUAUACAAUCAGCAGGUACCAACAAACAAUGGCGUGCCAUCGGAAUAUAUUUUCAAUAUGCAAGAACAAGCUCCAUCUCCAAGUGGAUUUACCCCAAUGACACCAAUGCCAAUGCAACAUUAUGCACCACGUAAUGAUGAUCGCACAGAGAAUUAUACCAAUCCUCAGUUCGCAGCUCAAAUAUUGUCGCAGCCAGUUGUUACAGAUAUGGCUGUACAGUAUGGAACGGCAUUGGUAGGAUCAGGAAAGCAACACUUUGAAAAAUAUGUGCCAGUUAGAGCAUUAAAGUAUUAUUUUGCUGUGGAUACUAAUUAUGUCUUUGGAAAACUUGCAAUUUUGUUCUUCCCAUUCACUCACAAAGACUGGACUGUAAAAUACGAACAAGAUAUGCCCUUGCAACCACGUUAUGAAAAGAAUGCACCGGACAUGUAUAUCCCAAUGAUGUCAUUUUUAACAUAUGUGGUACUAGCUGGUUUGGUUUUAGGUGCUCAAGAACGUUUCAGCCCUGAACAACUUAGUAUAUUAGCUAGUUCUGUAUUAGCUUGGGGUAUAGUGGAACUAAUAGUUCAUAUUAUCAGUUUGUAUGUAAUGAAUAUCGAAACAAGCUUGGCUACUUUGGAUUUACUGGCUUAUUGCGGUUAUAAAUAUGUUGGUAUAAAUGCAGCUCUAUUGAGCUCAUUACCAUUUAAAAAAAUUGGUUACUAUGCAGCAUUGUUAUAUUUUAGUGCAACAUUAGCAUUUUUUCUCAUGAGAUCUUUGAAAUUAAGAGUUAUUCCGCAGGGUCAGAUUUCAUAUACAGCAACAGGUAAUAGAAGAAGACUUUACUUUAUAUUUUUUGUAGCAAUUAUUCAACCUUUAUUGAUGUGGUGGUUGUCUUACCAUUUAAUAUAAAUAAACAUUUCGAGUACAAAAACUAUCCCUUCAACAAAUAAAUAAAAUGUAUAUUUAUUAUAA